AAGGAGAGGCCGUACUUUGUACAUGGUGGCGAGGCAUAGUCAAUGCAUUUAGAUUCUGCAAUCUGAUGUCAUUGGCGUAUGGUAUUAGUAUAUGUAACAAAAAGCUUUACCUGUCAGAUGGAAGAUGGUUCGGUGACCCUUAAGUUGCAGUUAUGGAAAUCUAAGCUAUAAAUCAUUUUUUCUUUUUCUACUUUAUUUGUACAGUUGAUUGAUUCUGUGGAACUAAUGAACGGAGAAACUGGGUUAGUUUUAGUUGAGGUGGCUUUCUUUCUGCUGCAUCAUCCAAUGGGUAUAAAAGUCUCUAACAAAACGCACUACUAUAUAUAUAGGCUGGUAUGGCUGAUACUGUAACAUAGGUCCGUUUCUUUGAUGGUCAUGGUUUGUGAAGAACGAUCCCCCGUUUAAGCAGACUUAUAACUUAUUUUGUUUGUAUCACUAAUUUUGCUUAUGCAAUCUACAGAUAAGUGUUUACCUUGAUUUUGACAUCGAUUAAAUCUGAGUUUUUGUUACUUCUACUUCUGCUUCACCAUUUAUUUUUGCGAAUCUUGUUGAUUUCCGGAAGGUUUGGGAUUUUCAUUUUAAUAAGCUAAGAUGUCUUCUCCAAGCAAGCGGAGAGAGAUGGAUGUCAUGAAGUUGAUGAUGAGUGACUAUAAUGUGGAGACAAUCAACGAUGGGCUGAAUGAAUUCAAUGUGGAAUUCCAUGGUCCGAAAGAAAGCCUUUAUGAAGGAGGGUUUUGGAAAAUCCGUGUUGAGCUUCCGGAUGCUUAUCCAUAUAAAUCUCCUUCUAUUGGCUUCAUGAACAAGAUUUUCCACCCUAAUGUUGAUGAGCUAUCUGGUUCUGUCUGCUUAGAUGUAAUUAACCAAUCAUGGAGUCCAAUGUUUGACCUUUUAAAUGUUUUUGAAGUUUUCCUUCCACAACUGUUGCUUUAUCCAAAUCCUUCAGAUCCACUCAAUGGUGAUGCAGCGUCAUUGAUGAUGAAGGACCGAAAACUCUACGAUCAGAAGGUCAAAGAGUACUGUGAGCGAUAUGCAAAGAAGGAGCACAUUACCAAUACAACACCAGACGAGGAGAGCGAUGAUGAGAACAUUAGUGAUGAGGAAAGCAAUUCAAGCGACGAUGAUAUUGCUGGACAUGCAGACCCAUAGUGAACUGCAGGUGCAGGGGGAAACUUUACCUAUGAUUAAAAAUCUACUUAUAGUUAUAGCAGCAGCAUUGUAAUCCCCCAUUACACGCUUACGAUUUGAAUUAAGUUUACUACCAAUAUUUGUAUGACUAGAUUCGAAAAGAUUGCGUUUUCUUGUAAAAAUUAUGAAUUGUGUGAAAUAAUCUACUUCUGUCGUUGGUUACUGAA